CAGCCAGGUCCAUCUCCCUCCUCAGCUAGAGGGAGACUGCUCCUGGACCACUGCCCUGUUCUAAGGGCCAGCUGGGCCCUGAUUGGGGCAUGACCACAACUGAGGCUGCUAGGUCACCUGUCCACAGCCUUGUUUAUCCAGGAGUGGGGCAGCCGCCACACUGCAGUGAUGCUCUGGUCCCUGCCCCCGAAGAGCUGACAGUCUCAGAUCUGACAUUAUCCACCCAGUACCCAGUUGUGCUGAAAGAAGAGCCUCCUCCAGAGACAUUGCAUAGACCCCGCAUCCCUGGAGCAGCCACAGGACGUCUACACUGCAAUUAGAGGCCCAUGCCUGGCUCGUGCUGUGUAAACAGCCCCGUAACCCGUACACUGUGAGUCUCAGUCAGCUGGCAUUGGACAGCCACGGGUUUUUCAUUGUAGUGUAGAUGUACCCUUAGCAGCUGAGAGCUGCUUCCACAGUAUCCAACUUCCUUUGGCAAACUACUCCCUGGGGGACACUGACAGCCCUAUUGACAGCUCUGACUCAUUCCCCUUCCCAGGUGCUCUCCCUGCCCCCACCCUCUACCUGAGCCAGACGUCUGCCCGGCCAGGGGUCUCCGUGUGGCUCCAGUGCUUUGUGAUCUCCCAUGCCCCAGCCACCCGCAUCAUCUUCUGUAAAGACGGGGAGGAGGUUACGUCCCAAAAGGGCUCGGAGAAGAAGGUCAUCUACAGCUGGGACCAUGUGGUGUCCAUGCACAGCUCUGGGAAUUACUCUUGUGGGUAUGAGAUCAAGGACAGCAAUAACCGGGUGAAUGGAUCCCAGCUCAGCCCUGCCAAGCACCUCAGCAUUACCGCACUGAGUCCCAGCAGCCAGGAGAUCUGCUCAGCUCCCGGCCCUCACCGUGCCCCUACCCUCUACCUGAACCAGAUGUCAGCCCAGCCAGGGGACUCUGUGCUGCUCCAGUGCUCCGUGUUCUCCCGGGUCCUGGCCACCCGCGUCGUCUUCUGCAAGGACGGGGAAGAGAUUUCAUCACAGAAAGGCUCAGAGAAGGUCAUCUACAGCUGGAACCAUACAGUAUCCAGGGGCAGCUCCGGGAAUUACUCCUGCGGGUAUAAGACCAAGAACAGAGACAACUGGGCAAGCAGAUCCCAGCUCAGCCCUGCCAAGAAGUUCAGCAUCACUGGUCUACCUCUGGUCAUGGCCAAGAUCUGCAGCUCCCCAGGGGACCUCCCAGCCCCACAGAUACUGCUAGACACGGUGGCCAGUCGCCCCGGGGACACCGUGGUGGUGAAGUGUAAAGUGCCUGCUUUCUCUCCUGCUACCCGGGUUAUAUUCUGUCGAGACGGGAAGGAUCUCGCAGUCCAGCCAGUACAGGAAGGCAAAUAUGCCUACGACCUGCGUUAUGACGUGAGGGCAAACAGCUCCACGAGCUUUGCCUGUCUGUAUCAGCACAAAGGCGAUUGGAACCAAGAGACAAAUUCGCUUCUGAGCACCUCCCGGUUCCUGCGUGUGACAGGCCCUGCCAUCCCGCUCUGGGUUUGGAUCCUCCGCAGCACCUUGCUCCUGCUCCUUCUGGCCUCCGCUCCACUCAUCACCUGGGUGCUGGGGAAAGUAGCCGCCACCAGGCCCGAGCCAGCCAGACCGGGGGGUCACCGUGGGAAAUGAGAACUGACCAGCCGAGGGCAGAGGGGGGCAGCAACUCAGUG